UGGCUACGUCAUCAAGCCGCGACAUAAACUCCCCCCUGGCAGUGGAGAUGUCAGUCGAUGGAACGAGUGAAACUCUGCUGUUCGCUUGUUCGUAGACUGAACAAGACUAAUAGAAACACUCGAACGCGGCACAACUGAACCAAAGGAGGCAGAGCAGAGACUGCUGUAGUUUUUCCCAGACAUGGGGGCUCUGAUGUCCCGAUGGAAGGCAAAGCCGACCACAGUGGAGCAGCUGGAGAACCUGGACAAGGAGAUCAAAGAGCUGGAGGAGUUUAGAACCAAGAACCAACGUCUGAAGAAGCUGUGGGUCGGCCGGUUGCUGUUCUACUCGUCAGUCUUCUACCUGUUAAUCUGUCUGUUUGUGUACUGCCUCUUCCUGCCUGAACAAUGGUGGCAGAAGCUGCUCAUGGCGCUGCCUUUCUUCCUAUACCCUGUGCUAGUGUGGUUCAUCAGGAAAUUAUUGAUUUUCCUCUUUUCCAAACGCACAGAUAGAAACAAUGAUAAACUAGAGGAUUCAAAAGCUGCCAAGAAAAAGAUUCUGGAAGAAGUGAUGGAGACGGAGACUUAUAAAAAUGCCAAACUCAUCCUGGAGCGUUUUGAUCCAGAAGCGAAGAAGAAAACUGAGCUGGAGUCGACCCCGGUGCGUCCUCAGAUGACCCCCAGGCCAGGACAAGAAAUCCGACAAAGAGGGAUGGCGAUGAGACCCAUGCCAAUGGGUACGCCGGUUGCCAUGGCAAUGACUCCCCCGCCUGGAGCACGGCCCCUACUGGGACCAGGGGGCACACCUGUGGAACCUGUCCCUCUCUCAGCUCCAGGAGGACCGCCGGAGAGAUCGGCUCUGUCUCCCUCAGUCCUCCACGGGGCCGUACCCAGGACCCCCUGCUCUCCCAUUCCAGGUGUAGGCAUGCACCCUCCGGGUCCUCCGCUAGCAAGACCCGUCCUGCCCAAAGACAGGGGAGCGGUGGAUCGAGUCAUCGAGUACCUGGUAGGGGACGGACCGCAGAACAGAUACGCACUGAUCUGCCAACAGUGUUUUUCUCACAACGGCAUGGCUCUGAAAGAGGAGUUUGAAUACUUGGCGUUCCGUUGUGCUUAUUGCUACUUCCUGAAUCCGGCCAGGAAGACGCGUCCCCAGGCUCCGAGGCUUCCCGAGUUCAGCUACGAGCGGAGACUGCGCGCAGAGUCGCGUUCCCCCGGGCCGCCGCUGACGCGUUCUGGGACAGACACGGAGGAGAGUGCGCCCCCUUCUGGAGCUCAUUUUCACAUCUUGCCUGUAGCCAAGGCGCCGACUUCGUGGAACCUGGUCCACUGUUUCCAGAUCAAGCAGAGUCCAAAGAGUCCUCAGACCCGACCCCUCCAGAGUCCAGAUGAAAAAGAGACAGGAGAAGACGAUGGACGCACUGAAGAAGUAGCGAGUGAGAGCCAAUCACAGGAGCAGCUGCACGAGAAGGAGGAGGAAGUGGUUCAGGAGGAAGUGGUGGUUCAGGAGGAGGAAGUGGUUCAGGAGGAAGUGGUGGUUCAGGAGGAGGAACAGGAAGUGGUGGAGGACGAAGAGGAGCAGAGUCACAGCGCCCCCUGUGAGACGCCAUCGUAGCUGCAUCAGAAAGUCCAAAAGUGCAACGAGGGACGUCUGUCCAAAAGCAAAAGUUGCCGGUGUUGGCCAUGAUUGACAGACGGCAUUUUAAAAGCAAUACACACGGACUAAGAUAGUUGUAGUAAUAACGUUCUUUCUUGCAACCAACAACUUCACCAUUUUCACUUGUUUUUCCAUGUGCGGCUUUUAGUUUUCAUCUCACCAUCAUACAAAGGCAAAGCAACGAAGAAAAAAAAAAGUUCAGUGUGAGUUUUUUCAUAUUAAAUAUUUACGAUAUUGCUUAAAAAUCGUUGCCAGCACAUCAUGGCUGGAACCGUCUGACAAUUUGACUGCUGAUUGAUGAUUGUAGCUUUUAUCCCGGGGCUGUUCCUCGAUAGAGUAGUUGGUCACGAGGUGAUUUUUUAGUUUUAAUAUUUUUAAGAUUAAGUUUUUCUUUUAGGGUUUUAAGGAGCUGGCUGCUACAUGAGUUGUUCAUGAAAAGUAUUAAGAUUUAUUUUUAUUUUUUUUUUAGAUAAGACUGCUGGUUCACAAAGGGUCUGUCGACAAAUUCACGCUCAAAUCUAAACUCCAGCAAAUCAAACGUGACUUAUUGGUUUGUCGGGUUGUGAACAAAGUUCUCGCUAAAGGUUGGUGAAGAAACAUGAGCUCAGUCAAAGGCGAACCCUCGGUGAAUCAGGACUUCUUCGUUUGUCAUUACAGUAUUUGCACCACUGAGUUUCAGAUUUCUGCUGUGGCUUUUUUAAUUCCUCAUACGAGCUUUUACUCUACAUUCUGAAACUUAGGAAAACUAAUAAGUUAUACGCACACUUUUGCAUAAUUUAAGUGUUUUUUCUGAUGUUUGAGCAGCUCGUCUCAGACGGUACAGUAUAUGAGAUAUGAACAAUUAUCGCCAACCACAGAUUUGUGCGUUAAGUUGCAAAGGCGCUAACGUUGUCGGACAAAAUGGAGGAAUAGACCAGAGUGUAAAUCAACGCCUACAUCACCAGGAAGAGAAGUCUGCUUUGGAAAAUGGAAGUUAGACGUUACGGAAAAUAUGACUUCUUAUAACCUUCUAAACAUUUGGCAUGUGGAAGUAAUAACAUUCGAGCCACAACCGCCAUUUUAUCUUUGAUUUAUCAUUUGCCAAAUGCACUGUUUGUUUUGUUUAUGAGAAUCUAUUCACACAAUUUGCACUGAUUUUUCUUUUGUAUUUAUUUUUGGCCACAUUGUGUUUUUUUUUUAAUCUCUGGUCCGGGUGUUACUGCUACACAUGGUACUGUCACCAACUCUUUGAGUAAAGUCCUGGUUGGGGUUCUGUAGCGUCGGGGUGCUGGAGUUUAGCGUUUAUUAAAAAUAUAUAAGUGCUUUAUUCUUUCUUUUUUGCCUACAUUAAAUGAGGUGGUGCCAUCAUGAUGCGUGCCUUUGGCUGCUGCUGGUGAAUGGAUUUGUUGACUUGUAUAAUUCUGUUAUCAAAUAGAACCUGAAGAAAAUUGUUUGACUUCGACAUUUGUUGUAUUUCCUGUGUUGUACACCUCUGACACACACUUUACUCCUUGUGGGGCAAAACACACGACACAUAACUUUCCUUAAAAAAGUGUUUCAUGUCGGAUUUUUCACAAUAUAAUCCUGUUUUAUUUGUUAUUAGUCGUUGACCUCCUCAAAACCUGCAGCAACCCGGAAUCAAAUGUGCCCUAAAGGUGUAGACGAGUCCUCUGGAUCUGUACCUGGCAGCAAAUUUUCUUUUUGGACAAAACCUUUCUAAAAUAUUGAGGAGAGACCACACUGUCGCCCGUCACUACAGCUUGACAUUUGGUUUUUCUCCCGCACGAGGCAGCUGAUGUUCCCACAAGUGGCAUCAUGGCACCUGUCUCGGCCCACUGUGUUUGUGUUUUGAAAGGCAUAUUUCAGCCAAUGCUGCUUGUCAAAGUGUGUGUGCAUGGCACGACUAAUAAAGUUUUUUUAAAGCAACAAAAGAA